AGCAAGUACGCCAACAUGAUCAUCGAUCAGUUUUUUCAAAUCAUCAUAAACUUCCCCAUGUCACAAGCGGCGGUUGACGAUUUAAAGUUCUGCUUGAGUAAGAUCAAUUUGAAGCGUUGUUUCGUAACCACCAUCCGCGACAUGUUGCAAGAUCGUCUACUCCAUCCGGGCGUAGAUACGCCCGAUAUUCUAACCGGCUACGUGGCAGCACUGAAAACGUUGGCAUAUUUCGAUACCAGUGCGGUGCUCUUGCGUUCCAUAACCAAGCCAAUCAAAGAUUAUCUGCGGGGUCGAACCGAUACGGUUCGAUGUGUUGUUACCAGUUUUACCGGGGACGGUACAUCGGAUCUCGCGGAGGAGCUCGCCAAGAAUGAGAACGUCAAGCCGAAGGCGACCGAAAGUGAUAAAAUUGAUAGUGACGAUUGGAAGAACUGGCAACCGGACCCCGUGAAUAUAGCCCCGGCAGCACUAAAAUACCUCACGUUAAACAAACAAGCCGACAUUAUAUCAAUGGUAGUGGAUAUCUACGGUAGUAAGGAAAUUUUCGUCAACGAAUACCGCAAUUUACUGGCGGAGAGGUUACUUUCCCAGGUGGAAUUCAACCCCGAAAAAGAAGUAAAGCAUUUGGAGUUACUUAAAUCCCGAUUCGGAGAGAGUCUGCUGCACAGUUGCGAUGUGAUGCUAAAGGAUAUAUCGGAUUCGAAACGAAUCAACGCUCACAUUCAUUCGCCAGAUUCUGGAUUCAACGAGGAAUUGCCGUUUCAAGUUUCUGCCUUAAUCGUUUCUUCACAAUUUUGGCCUACGUUUAAAAAGGAAACGAUGGAGCUGCCAGUGUGCAUAAAAGACAUGUUUGAAAAGUACACGAAAGCGUACGAGUCGUACAAAGUCAAUCGAACGCUGCAAUGGACACCGCUCAACGGGAAGGUUACGAUCGACGUAGAACAUAAUGGCAAAGUGCAAGAGAUGCAGGUGACACCUGCCCAAGCUGCCAUUGCGAUUCACUUUAGCGAGCAACCGCAAUGGGAACUGGAUUGUCUAGGCCAGAAGAUGAACAUGCCUCCUAUAGUAUUGCGAAAGCGUUUGGUGUUUUGGCAAUCGCAGGGUUUUAUACGCGAAACGAGAGAAAACUUGUUUGUUUUGAUAGACAAAAGCUCUGGAAACGAUAAACUUUCCAAUCAAAUACAGGUUCAAUCGAACGAGGGAUGCGAGGAAGAGGAAGCAGAGAGUGCAAUGGAAUCCGCAAGCGAUCAGCGGGAAGAGGAACUACAGGUGUUCUGGUCGUACAUUGAAGCGAUGCUAACCAAUCUAGAUUCAUUGCCGUUGGACCGUAUUCAUCAGAUGUUGAAAAUGUUCGCUUCUCAAGUUGAUUUCACGCAAGAUGAGCUAAAACACAUUCUGCAGCGGAAGGUUCGCGAGCACAAGCUUGUGUACGCUGGAGGUGUAUAUCAGCUCCCGAAAUUUGUGCUCAACUUUGUUUUCCUGUGUUUAAUCAUGUCGAAAAAGAAGGGAAAAGCUUCGGCAGCAACUAAAGAUGUGGAACUGAAUUUCGAUAAAUUAUCGCUCAACGAAAAAAAAAUACCAACGAACGAUGCCACACGUGCUCAUGAAUGCGCAGCAGAAUUGCCGUCCGUUCCACCGGACCAACUCACUCCAUGGUUGGCAUUAGAUUGCGAAAUGGUAGGUGUCGGACCGAUUGGCAGAGACCAUAUGUUAGCUCGUGUAUCUAUCGUGAAUGAGCAUGGAAAUGUCCUUGUUGAUUGCUACGUUAAACCACAACAAAUCGUGAAGGACUAUCGAACUGAAAUCAGCGGUAUUCUACCAGAACAUAUAGCCGGUGGCGUUGAUUUUAAAGCCAUACGCGAAGUGGUGAGAAAACUCAUUUCGGGACGAAUUUUAGUUGGACACGCGUUGAGGAAUGAUCUUAUGGUGCUCAAUUUACGACAUCCUAAAUACAAUAUUCGAGACACAGCCCGUUACCGUCCGAUUGCAAAAAAAGCGCGCUCAUUCGGAACACCCAGCUUAAAAAGCAUAGCCUAUGCAUUUCUUGGAGAAGACAUUCAAGACGGUUCACACGACUCCGUGGAAGACGCCAGAGCUGCAAUGAAGAUUUAUUUGCUGUUUCAAAAAGAAUGGGAAACUUCUUCCCAAACUGUGCGAAAAGUUUGAAAUGAUAGUUUUCUCAUUGCUUGCACUGGGUUCAGACUGUUAUAUUCUAAAUCAUUUAUUUGGUCUAUAAUAAAUCUUUCUAAAGAAUACGGAUGGAAAUGGUUUCGAUGGU